CGUAUUGUUGUGAUCGCCCGGUGGGGUAACCGGGUGAGCCGAGGCUGGGAUUUCUCCGAAGAUCAGGCGCGGCCGAUGCUUCCUAUCGACGAGGGACCACUGCUAUGGAAACCAGAGAGUUGAUCCGGCAGGGAUCGUGGCCCCCGGAUCGUGACGGGUCUUCACUCUCCCCGAGACCCUCGCCCGAGGCUUCGUUGCGCGGCUGCUUGCUGAACGAACCCGCCCGCCCUCCUACGGGAAAGAGUUUUCUGUGGACACAGCCUAGCACAAAGGUGCAGCCCUCACACUCGGCUGACUGCUGACCCACCACCUUGAUGACAGCGCCCCCGCCUGCCUUCCCAGUUCAGUUCCGACCGCCCUCGGUCAGCGGCCUCUCACAGAUCACCAGAAGCCUCUAUAUCAGCAAUGGUGUGGCUGCCAACAACAAGCUCUUGCUGUCCAGCCACCAGAUCACCACGGUCAUCAAUGCCUCGGUGGAGGUGGUGAAUACCUUAUACGAGGAUAUCCAGUACGUGCAGGUGCCUGUAGCCGAUGCCCCCGUUUCGCAUCUCUACGACUUUUUUGACCCUAUCUCUGACCACAUCCACAGUGUGGAGAUGAAGCAGGGCCGCACGCUGCUGCACUGUGCUGCUGGUGUGAGCCGCUCGGCCACCCUGUGCCUUGCCUACCUCAUGAAGUACCAUGCCAUGUCCCUGCUAGAUGCCCACACAUGGACCAAGUCAUGCCGGCCCAUUAUCCGGCCCAACAAUGGCUUUUGGGAGCAGCUCAUCCACUAUGAGUUCCAGCUGUUUGGCAAGAACACUGUGCACAUGGUCAGCUCCCCCAUGGGAGUCAUCCCUGACAUCUAUGAGAAGGAGGUCCGUUUGAUGAUUCCACUGUGAGCCAUCCUGCCAGCCCCUACGCUGGGGUUAGAGGUACAGAUCUGUUGUUGGUCUGCACCAAGAUCUGAACUUGGACAUUCUACUUUUGAUGAUACAGAAAAAAACAGAUGAUGCCUUUUAUAAGGGCCAGAAGAAAGAAAGGGUUGCUGCAGCUUUUAAUCUGCUAAUUCAUAUCUUUUUUUUUUUUUUUUUAAAGAUGACCGGAAAGGGGAUCUUAACCCUCGACUUGGUGUUGUCAGCACCACGCUCUCCCAAGUGAGCCAUGGGCCAGCCCCUAAUCCGUAUCUUUAAAGAAUAAAGUCACUAAUUCUAAGAGGGUGAAGAUAACUUUUCUACCCUGUGGGUGGCCAGCCAUGGCUGCUGGCCAGAGGGUAGGGCAGGGCAGGUGGUACCCAGGACAGAGACUAGCACCUAAUGCACUUGGCAGGCCUGGAAUUCUGAAGCCCUCCCCAGGACUGGCUAACCCAGGAAUGAUUCUGCCACAAUCCCAUCUUGUUCUUUCAGACCCAAAGCCAGAGCCUUAAGCAUCAUGGCACCUCCUGUGCUUUUCACAGUAAGUGUCAACCUACUGGAUAAGUGGCUUUCAAGUGCUACUCCAGGAGCCCAGGGGACCCCAGACCAUCCCUGCUUCCACCUUCACCACAGUGGCCCAACUCUGGUUUUCUAGAUUGAACUUGUGCAUAAGAUAGUUUUCAAAGAAAGCAUUCCACUGUAUUAAAUUUUUUUGAGUGCUAUUGUACAUAGCAAGGUCUCAAGAGCCCUCAGCAAUCAUACCCCAAUCUUUGAUGCAAGGUGGCAUUGGUACACUUCUCCAGGGCACAUGAGGAAAGCAGGCCUGACAACAGGCCUCAGGGGUUUUUCUCACAGGCCUUGUCUUGGACUGGGACCCAACCCUGUCACCUUUCCAUGUGAACUGGGGCCUCUGGGAGCCUCAGUGUCUUCAUCUGUCCAAACAGUGACAGCUCUUUUCUCACACAGUUGUCAUGAAGAUUCAAUAAUUCCUCAGCACAGUGCCUGGCACAUGAUGCAUGCUUAGUGUAAAUGGCUACCCUCAUCAUGAAUGAUAGAUUCUUUGGCCCUGCUGGUCCCAGGUCAGCACAGUCAUCCUCACAAGGGCAUUUCCCCCUUCUGUGCACAGCCCUUUAUUGUUUACUAAGUGCUCUUCCAAAAAGUCACCCUGUGUGG